AUGAAUGGCAUAGAUGGCAUUGAUGGUUCGGGGACCAUCGAUCCCGCAAACUUAAGCAAUUCCGUGUCUGUUGCCCUGUCAGCACAUUCCCAUGCAAUAGCAAGCCCUCGUGGUGUCAAGCGUAGUCGCACUCCAGAUCGCAUGGGAAAUGGACAUGUUGAAAGGGAUCAGGAUGAUGAGGAACAAAGUCGCCGCAAGCGCGGACGUCCCCCAAAGACACCUCGGCCAACUUCCAGUGAACAGCUCAUCGGAAACACUUCUCUUCAAACCCCUCAGAUGCAAGCACGUUCACUACCACAGGCCAACGCCGGGUCGCCGUCUCUUGCAUCACCAGACAGCAAGAACACGCCGACAAAAGCGCUGGUCAAAGCGCUCCCCUACUGCGAUGAGUACAUCCCUAAAGAGUUCGAUGAAGCAGGAGAUACCAAGGCAGACCCUAUGGGCUAUCUGCAGGGUGGCCGUGAGUAUAAAUGCCGGACAUUCCGCGUGCCUCUCCGGGGGAACAAGCUCUUCAUGCUUGCGACUGAGUGUGCGAGGGUCUUGAAUUACCGUGAUUCAUAUCUUUUGUUCAACAAGAACCGUUCGUUGCAUAAAAUCAUUGCUUCCCAAAUCGAGAAAGACGAUCUUAUCCAGCAAGAUAUCCUACCAUAUUCUUAUCGAUCCCGCCAGAUCGCUAUCGUCUCCGCCAGAUCCAUGUUUCGACAGUUCGGAAGCCGGGUGAUCGUGAAUGGCCGUCGGGUUCGAGACGACUACUGGGAGACCAAGGCUAGGAAGCAAGGCUUCACCGAGGAUGAUCUCGCGGGUGAGAAACGCCCUGGAGCGGCUAAGGCCCGGGAUGGUUCUGUCUCAGAGCCAGCUACAAACCUAUUGCCGGCGCUGCCUCAUAACGAUGUCGUCUACAGUAGUGCCAUCGAGCCACUGCCCCAUGGGCUCUCGCUGGAUACUUCUGACUCUUCUAUGUCCCUAACUCAACUUCCCAUGAUUCAUAUGUCGACGACUGAUGACCCACGACUGCGGGAUUACACUAUCAUGCCUCGUGCACGCCAGGAGAUGACCGGGCAACCUUACCACGAUCGAACACAAACUAGCUCAGCAGCAGACCUCAUCAACCAAGCCCAACACACAUCUGAUUUCAACAAAAUGUUGAGUAUUCAGCGCAAUUUCCGCCAAAAAGGCCUGGAAGAAUUUUACUCCAAGCCCCGUGAGGCCCCAGACUCAGACUCCCAGUCCAAUGCUGCUCUUGACUCAGGUUUGUCUGUGUCACAGCCUGUUCAGGUAUCACAGAUCCCCUCGGCGGGAAUGUCAAAUCCCGCUCAUACGCAGCAUAUGCUCCCUCAGCAGAUUCCUAUGCAGCCUAACCCUAUGAUGGGUGGGCAGCCAAGCUACCCUCAACAGGCUCAUCCGCAGUCCGUUGGACAAUCUCCCCUAAGAAUCCCACCAAAUAUGCAGCCCAAUCUUAUGCAGCAGCGAUCCAACCCAUCUAUGGGUGGUGGUAUGGGUCAGGCCCCUCCAUACGGAUAUUCACCACAACCGCAGCAGGUUUGGGGACAGCCACCUCCCCAGCCACAGCCGUCCCCGUUGCCCUCGUCAGGCCACCAGGGCGUUGGAAUGUCACAGUAUGGUCAACAAAUGUCUGCAGCUCCGCAACAGAGCCCAUCUCCCCUCGGGCAUCAUCCGCAGCAGCAACAUCUACACCAGUCUCCUCGUAACCACCAGCGACAGUCAAUACCUCAGAUGCCUCAGCAGUAUUCCCAGAUCCAACAGCACCCUCAAGCGGCGCAGGCCCAAGGUAUGCAGGGCAUGGGAUAUCCGGGAGCCAAUCCGGCCGGUUAUCCAGGCAUGGCACGGCCCAUGUACACCCCUAACCAGGCUCAUGGUGGCCAGCCCUUCAUGGGUGGGAACCCGCAACAGCCUGGCCUUGCUAUGAACAUGGCAGGCAAUGGUAUGGCUGGGUGGUCUACUGGACCUGGUGCCCAGAUGCAGCCUGGACAACCUCAACCGGGCCAGUCUGGCAGUCCCUUGGGAGGUGGGUGGUCAUACUAG